UCUAACCUAGUAUCUUACACCGUGGUCUAACCUAAACCUAAACUGUCAUUUGCUCUCUCUGAGUUGCUAUUGAGCAGAGUAUUCGAAAAAGUUUAGAAAACUGCUCUUUAACAUUAAGUAGAGGUAUUAACUUUUGCAGCAAACUUUUAACAGAGACAAUGCCGAAAUAUUAUUGCGAUUACUGCGAUACUUAUUUGACACAUGAUUCACCGAGUGUGCGAAAGACUCAUUGUCAAGGUCGAAAGCACAAGGAUAACGUGAAAUAUUUUUAUCAAAAAUGGAUGGAGGAGCAGGCCCAGCAUCUCAUCGAUGCAACGACAGCUGCCUUCAAAGCUGGCAAGAUUGCUUCCAAUCCCUUCGCGGCUAACAAAGGUGCGGCGAUACCACCACCGCCGAAUCUCGGUUCUGGCCUUGGAUCAAGAUCUGGUGUACCACCACAGGGACAUCCAGGAAUGAUGCCACCACCGAAUAUGCAUCCAACUGGACCUAUGGGACCUGGAGGGCCGAUGAUGAUGGGUCCUCAUGGACCUAUGCCACCUCCUAUGAUGGGUAUGAGACCACCUAUGAUGGGACCUAUGGGACCUAUGGGUCCUAUGAUGGGACCAAUAGGCCCAAUGGGACAUAUGAGACCACCAAUGAAUGGACCUCCACCUAUGGUAGGUCCACCACCAAUGAAGAAGUAACAUUCAAACUUUUGAUUCUUGUGUAUUGUGUUGAAUAUAUAUAUUUAUGUAUAUAUAUAUAUAUUAAAUACAUGUACACAUAUUGAUUGGUUUAUGUACAGAUUUAUAUUGUGGUAUAAAAAUCCCAGUACCCAAUUUGCUACUGUAAUAUAAAUCAUAUAUUUCAAAACAUUUGAGUAUGAAUAAAUAUAAAUGUCAUUUUUUUUAAUUUAUAAAAGUAUCAAGAUAAUUAAUGUUUGAUGAAUUACUAUAAAAUUAUACAUUCCUAUAUAAGCUUCUAUAUCUUAAAGUUUUAUAGUAUCAAUAUUAUUAGUAUAG